AGACAAAUAAAAUUCAUUCUAUUUUCUCUCUCUGUAGACUUGUAUUCCAAUUUUUUUGUUUCCUUAAAACUUCUUUACUAUCCUAAACUUUAUUUUCAGAAAUUAUUUCUUCUCUACUAAGCUUUUGUAUUUCUUGUUCUUUAAUUUCUGUUUAUAGUUUUUAAUUAGUUUUUUUAAUCAUUUAAACACUUGUUGCUAAUCAUGGCUCGUCGUUAUAAUGAUCCUAAUCCCUUUGAGGAGGAAGAAGUUAAUCCCUUUUCUGAUCCUGCUGUGAGGGGGAAACCAUCGGGUCAGCAGAAAUUCGGUGGAGGUGCAUUUUAUACAGCAAGUGUUCCUCCUGCUACGAACUCAAGACUUUCACCACUUCCUCCUGAACCUGCUGAUUUUGGUUAUGAUCAUGGUGCAACAGUUGACAUUCCUAUUGAUUCAGCUACGGAUUUGAAGAAGAAAGAAAGGGAGCUUCAAUCUAAGGAAACUGAACUGAGAAGGCGAGAGCAGGACGUAAAACGCCGUGAAGAUGCAGCUGCACGAGCUGGAAUCGUUCUAGAGGAUAAGAAUUGGCCACCAUUUUUCCCUAUUAUCCAUCACGAUAUUGCAAAUGAAAUACCUAUUCAUCUUCAAAGAAUUCAAUAUGUUGCCUUCACAACUUUUUUGGGAUUGGUUUUUUGCCUCUUAUGGAACUUUAUAGCUGUUACAACCGCAUGGAUUAAAGGCGAAGGGGUGAAAAUCUGGUUUCUUGCUGUUAUUUACUUCAUAGCUGGAGUUCCUGGAUCCUAUGUUUUGUGGUAUCGUCCACUUUAUCGUGCAUUUAGGAACGAAAGUGCUUUGAAGUUCGGAUGGUUUUUCCUGUUUUAUAUGGUUCACAUUGGUUUUUGCAUCCUGGCGGCAGUUGCUCCUCCUAUCGUUUUCAAAGGAAAAUCUUUCACUGGCAUUCUUUCCGCAAUAGACGUUGUAGGCGACCAUGUUAUAGCUGGGAUCUUCUACUUCAUCGGAUUUGGAUUGUUCUGUCUUGAGUUGAUACUCAGCAUCUGGGUUCUUCAGCAAGUAUUCAUGUAUUUCCGUGGCAGCGGUAAAGCUGCUCAGAUGAAGCGCGAAGCUGCAAGAGGAGCGGUGAGGGCCGCGAUAUGAUGAUGAUGAUUGUGUAAGCUUGACUAGUGUGCUGAAACCUUUGUAGAUGCGCCUUGUUGGUCAUAAUGAAAUCUCUGAUUGUAAAUUGCUGCUUUAGUUGAGCAUGGCCUUUGUUGGACCAACCGCAUUUGCUUGUUUGUAUUAUUUUUUUGUUCUCUAUUUUAUAGAUGCACAGUAAUUUGUUUACUCAGAAUUUGUAUGUUUAAUUACAGUUUUUUGUU